CUCGUCAUUCGCGUGCAUGACGGCCCAUCAACCAAAGAGUACACCAUCGCCCGUCAACUACUUCCCUGGCAUUCCUCAUACUUCACGGCGGCUUUAGACAAGCACAGCUAGUUCGCAAACAGCAGUGUGCGAGUCGUGGUGUUAGAGUGCGCGCACAAAGUUUUCGACACGUUCUACUGCUGGAUAUACACUGGCAGACUCAUGGACCCACCGAGCGCAGAAACACCGCUCGAACACCACUAUCUUGACACCAAACUAUUAUGCGACAUUUGGGUCUUCUCUGAUUUCCGAGAUAUUCCUAGACUGGGCAACAGUGCGCUUCAUAUGCUCCAUGAACGUUGGGUGGCUGAGUGGCAAACACCCAUCAUGUCAUCAAGCACGUGUACGACAACAGCUUGCCUAGAUCUAAGCUGCGUGCAUUUCUCAUCGACUGGAUCAGCCUGAGCCACACACUGGAAUCUUUUACGAAAGAUUCGGGAGCCUACAAAGAAUCUCAUACGGUUGAGUUCUUGCAUGACGUGCUGCAGACCUUUAUGCAAAAACGGGGCAAGCGUCCACUUGACAGGUACACAAUGACCUUACUGAAUCGAUGUCGCUGGCACGACCAUUCAGGGUUCGAUGGGAAGCUGCGACCUGCACAUGGGGCCGGGAUUAUGGACUUUGUUAUGUCCAUGAUAGGGUAGAAGGUGGUGUAGCCGUUAAGGAGUAUGGGACGAUGACAUAGGGAUUAACGAAAAGUUCACGUAGGCAGAGGACUUUGAGGAUAUUAGGGGAAGAUGCGCGUUGCAGGGUCGAAUGGGACAACGAUGGCGGCUGGUUUAUAAAUAGGCGUUAGGAGUCGUUUCUUCGUGAAACGUACCUCUGCUCCGCGCUCUUUCUGAGGAAGAGUAACCGGUAGAAAGCUUGUAUAUCAAC